UGUGAAACUAAACAUAGAAUAUUGAUCUAAUCACACUAGUAUCGAUCGGAUAUUGACACUGCUUGUGGUAUCAUAGCUAUCGGUGCUUGUAUCGAUCCAGCCGACUCUCGUCUGGCUCCAAAGAUGCCAUCAGGAAGAAGCACGACAGAAUCCGACAGAACAGCACAGAGCAGCAGCAGAUGAUUGCAGCUGGACAUUCAGAAGAAUAUAUCUGCUCUUGGUGAUAUCUACGGCUGAUUCGUUACUUCACUGAUAUCUUUGAGAGAGUAAAAAAUAUGGUCAAAAUGCUUACAUGCGCCUUGGGGACUAUCAUGAUUUUUGUCACGACGUGGAGCUGUGGACUCUCCUUCUCCAACUUCUCUACGGAUAACGAGGUGCGCUCCAGCUUCAUCCAGCGCCGAUUGAGGAGCCAGGAGCGCAGGGACAUGCAGCGAGAGAUCCUGUCCAUCUUGGGGCUGCCUCGUCGCCCGCGACCCACUCACGUCCAAAGCAGACACACCGCAGCCCCGAUGUUCAUGCUGGACUUGUACAACACUGCCUCGGCAGACGCACCGCACAGCAGAUACUCCAGCUACAACCCCCACCUGGCCUCCGACAUGGUCACCCUGCAGGACAGUCGCUUCCUGGAUGACGCUGAUAUGGUGAUGAGUUUUGUCAACUUGGUCGAUCAGGAUAAAGAGCUUCUGUACCAGAAGCACCGAAGGGAAUUCAGAUUUGAUGUUUCUCGUAUUCCGCCGGGAGAGGCUGUCACAGCAGCGGAAUUCAGGAUUUUUAAAGAUUUGAUCCAGGAACGCUAUGAGAAUGAGACAUUCCGAGCCAGCAUCUACCAGGCCUUGCAGGAGACUGCCGACAGUGAAGCAGAUCUGCUGCUGGUGGACCAAAGAGAAGUGUGGGCUGCAGAUGAGGGCUGGCUUAUCUUUGACCUGACUGCCACCGGUAAUCUUUGGCUGGCCAACCCUGAGCACAACUUCGGCCUGCAUCUGGUCCUGCAAGACAGCCGUGGCCACGAGAGGCACCCCCGAUUGGCAGGGCUGUUAACGGGCAGCGGGGCACGGGACAAGCAGCCCUUCCUGGUGGCCUUCUUCAAGUCCAACGAGGUUCGCUUUCGCCACAUCCGCUCCGUCCACGGCCACAAAGGGCGCCAUUCCAACCGUGCAAAACCCCAGAGGACUGUCCAAGAUGCCCUCAAGGCAGCGGAGGCCGCAACAGAUCAUCUGGGCACCUUGAAAGACGGAUGCAAAAAACACGAGCUGUAUGUCAGUUUCAGAGAUUUAGGAUGGCAGGACUGGAUCAUCGCACCAGAGGGCUACGCAGCUUACUACUGCGAGGGGGAGUGCGCCUUCCCUCUCAACUCCUACAUGAAUGCCACCAAUCACGCUAUUGUGCAAACUCUAGUGCACUUCAUCAACCCUGGAACAGUGCCUAAGCCCUGCUGUGCUCCCACGCAGCUCCACGGCAUCUCCGUGCUCUACUUUGACGACAGUUCCAAUGUCAUCCUGAAGAAGUACCGCAACAUGGUGGUCAGAUCCUGUGGCUGUCACUGACUCGUGGGCAUCCGCUAUGCGAGGUCAUUUCUGAGGGAUGUUUCCAAAAGGAAGAAAGUGGUAGAAGCAGAGGCAAGGGGUGUGUUAUUGCCUGCCACAGAAUUGGCUUUUACGUUUAGGACCAGCAGCUGAGCAAUUUGGACCACUGCUUCCACCAAAAGGGUGGUUUGCUCUGCCUCUUUUUCUAUUUCUCAGUGCAGCUUGGAAGCAUGUGCCAUGAAUCAGAGCAGGGAUACUUGAACUGGAUUACACGUGUGUAUAUUUCACUUGUGACCAUCAGAUUGAUUCUGAAUUGGACACCUCAUCGACGUUUAGCCACUGGGCUGCACAUUGUGUUCCGGAAGGACCGAAGGAGAUCAAGUCCCGAUAAAAGCAGGACUAUAAGCUUUACUGUUCUGGGCUGGCUUUCAGCAGACCAGCUGGACCAAGUCAGGUGUUUGAUGUGACAAAUGACAGCAAAGCCUUGGAAAUAAAAAUGA